GCUGGAACUGUCCCAUGAAUUGGCACCUUACGUCGGUGACUUAUGUAAAAUUAACCUUAAAUCUUUUGAUCAAAACAUUGUUUCUCAGUAUAUUUGAAAAUCUCAUCAGAACGUUGACGAGACAAAAUGAUUUACAAAUUUAUUUCUGGCAUAUUUCAAUCUUUGCCAAGAGUAGGAGUUCCAAGCCAACUUUGCUCAAUGUUUAAUGCAACAUCUGGGAACUCAUGGAGUUUAACAUUUGUGAGAAACAAAAUGAGAUACCACUUUCCACAUCCCAAUGAACGUAUGCGUAUUAAGAAACAUGGAUGGCGUACCAGAAUGGCAACACCUGCUGGUAGGAAAAUUCUUAUGAGAAGAAUUUUGAAGGGCAAACAUUGUUUGAGUCAUUAAUUACUAGCAAUAACACAUGGAUACUGGAAAAUAAAUGCUAUCAGUCAAACCAA